AUGACGAACUACGAAACCGUUGUAGCCGCUUUUGACAAGCAUUUUGUGGUCAAGCGCAACAUCACCUAUGAACGACCAAAGUUUAACUCCCGUUCUCAAAAAGAGGGAGAGCCCGUCGAAGAGUUCAUAACGGAUCUGCAUGCUCUUGCCGAACAUUGCAAGUUUGGGUCCCUACGCGAUGAGCUGAUUCGGGACAGAAUUGUUGUUGGAGUAAAAGACAGAGUUCUCUCAGAAAAGAUGCAACUGAAUCCUGACCUUACGCUGGAGAAAGCCACGACUAUGGGUCGACAGACGGAAGCGGUUAAGAAGCAACAAGCGUCGUUGCAGCCAGGUCCUGAAAACAAGGUUCAACGAGUCAAAAGUUCCAAGUUAUUGGUGCAGAAAAGCGCUGUUGGGCACGCACAUAAAUCUGCAACCAACAAUGGAAGGACAGGGCAUUCUGCUAACUCGCGAAGCGGGAAUUUCUGUCGGAAAUGUGGUCGUUCUCCACAUCGCAGAGAUAGUUGCCCUGCAAGAAAUGCAAAAUGCAAUAACUGCAACAAAAUGGGGCAUUACUCCCGAGUAUGUUUAAGUGCUGCAGCAGUCAGGGUGGUUUCAGAAGAACCCGCGUUUCUCGGCACAAUAAACGUCGAAGGGCCCAAGCGUUGGCUAGCGCCAAUAAACCUUUGCGGAGCUACGCUAGAUUUUAAAGUCGACACGGGAGCCGAUGUAACUGUAGUCUCUGAGGAGACAUAUCGUACAUAUUUAUCGACGAUUCCGUUAAACAAGCCAAGCACAAUACUGAAAGGGCCGAAUCGGAGCAAGCUUCAAGUCCUGGGCGUAAUAAAAGCUGAACUCGAAUACCGGCUGAAGAAGCUGUCCACGGAUGUUUUUGUAAUUAGAGGUCUAGAAGAACCCCUAUUGUCUAGCGAAGCUAGCGAAGCCCUUGGUCUUGUGAAAAGACUCUUCGAAAGUUACGGCGAUUGA